AUGGAGGAAACAAUAGAUGAAUCAUCAAUCAGGAAGUUUAUUCAUAGGAUUUUCAGGAAAAGCAAUAACAUCGGGUAGGAUUUCCCCUCACCCAUUAAUGUUUGUGUUGUCAAAAGCAUGCUUCUGACUGCAUACAUAGGUAGCUUGUUGUUAUCUCCAUUUAAAAAAAACGAUAUAAGCUUACACGGAACGCGUUGCUUGAUUUCUGCUCAAGUGUUAUCUACUUAUCUAUUCCAGUAUUGAGGUAGAAGAAGUGAGAGUGGAGUGGAAGUUCAUUAAGAUUUUUUCUUCACAUGCAAUAUUUUCAAUAACAUUUCCCUGCAAAGGACCCUAAAUACAGGCUGGUUUAAUUCAUAGCUGAAAGUGCAUACCGUGGAGUAAUAUCAUAUUUUCUAUUACAGAUAGUAAGACCUGACCAAAUAUCACACUUGAGUUGAGUACCCCUCCCCCACCUAACAAACCCACCUCAGCCCUAAGGGACCUGACCUUUUUUCUGGCAGCUAUGACGUUUCUCGAGACAAAAUUAAGGGAAACAUUAGAACUUGAGAAAACAAAUUAACUGGUUUCCCAAGGGACUAGAAAGGAAAACCCACUUCAAUGAUCUUUAAUGCAAAAAAUCACCUUCCUUUAAAGAUGCAAGAUGGUUUGAGGGGUGCAUAUCAUUAAGGUUUACUAAUUUCCACUUUUCUUUGUAGGACACUGACAGUAAAAUCAGUUCGAGAACAAUUUUUAAAGUACACAGGAAAAGAAAAACUUGAUGCAGAGCAAAAAGAGCUCUUCAAGAAGAAUGUGCAUGACAUUUAUACUGAGUAUGCCAACAAACAGGAAGGGAAAACUAAAGAGGAAGGUAAGAGUUUUAUCUUCUUUUGUAAGAAAGAUCAGCCUGUCUGGGUCUAGAGUGCUAAACUAGAGACAAAGCACUAAAGCCAAGUGUGAUGUGCAAAAAUUAAAAAGAGAAGUUCCUCAACUUCAUGUAAUAAAAGGACUUUAAGAAAGUCUAGUCUACAGAUCCAAAGUUUGGUGUGUUAAACACCUAGGGAACAAUCCCUUCACUCCUAAGCACACUGUCUUACAAAAGUACUGGCCUCAGUUGUUCAAAAAGCAGAUUGCGUUAUCCACUAGAUGGAAGGAAAACUAAUAAAUUGCUUAUAUAGUGGGUAGAGGUUUAUCUAGUGGAUGGAGCUAUCCACUUUUGAACAACCAGGGCCCAUUGCAUUACAAAAUGCAAAAAACUUUGCGCUGUUUGUUCUAGGAUCAGAUGGGGAAGACUCCACUGAGACAUCAACUGUAGAUGAUGAAGAUGACACAGCAUCCUCAACAUCUACCAGCCCAGCCAAGAAGAAAAGGAGGACAGAAGUCAGUAAUAAAUCAACUUGCAAUUAUUCAAAUAAGGAGGAAAUUAAUAACAAUGAUCAUUGGGAUACUAGUACAUCUAGAGAGAAGAAAAAUCUCAAAAAGAGGCAAACCAAUAAACAAACAUCAGAAGAUGAGGACAGAGAGAAAGCCAAUGAAGCUAAGAACAAAGAAUCCUUCCAAAUAAAGUCUGUUGUUGUCAACAGUGAUGAGGAAAAAUCAAGCAAGAAGAAAGUGAUGAAUGACAAUAGUGCACAGUUUAAUGGCAGAAAGAGAAAGUCUGUAGAAUCUAGUGAUGAAGAAGAUGAGGAGAACAAGGAACAGGAGAUUGAAGAGGAAACUGUGUUUAUGUCAAACAAAGAAGUAACACACAGAAUUGAUGAUGAGGAUGAUUAUGCAAAUUCCAGCAGCAGUGAAUCAGUUGAGGAGGAUCAGAAACAGCAGACUGGAAGAAAAAAAUCAAGAAGGGUUAGCCAGAGCCUAGAUGAAGAUAUUGAUAGAUCCAAAAAGAAAAAACUGAAAAAGAAAUCAAAGGUGACUCAUUGACACGGCAUAUAAAAACAAGGGUUUUUGUUAUAUUCACUGUAUAUUUUAGUAAUCUAUUUCUCCUUCAAAAAGUUGUUGAAGAUUAUUAUCCUUUUUUUCCUUAACAAAACAGACUAGUCCUGGUUCUGGACAAAGAAAGAAGAAGUCCUCACCGCCUUCUGAAGACAGUGCAAAGCUGCGUAACCUGAAGAGAUACGCUAGAACUUGUGGAAUGCAUUUUAAAUAUGUUGAUAUUUUUGCUGAUUGCAAAUCCAUGUCCCAGAAGGAGAGAAAGUUAGACAAAUUGAUACGAGACAGAACUGGGUUUGAAGGUAAUGCAUUCCGAAGAUCGUGUUAUGGUACCAUAAAUCCUCUAUUAAGCCCCUUUUCAAAUAAGGUCCCCCCUUUUCAGGGGAAGAAAGUUAAUAAGCCCCCUUCUCUUUUAAGCACCCCUCUCCCCCCAUUAUUAUUCUUCACUAAUAAAUUUUAGACUAUAUUAAUCAAUCAUGACUUUAAAACUUCGUGUGAACUGAUCUGGGAUGGUUUAUUCACCAGCUGGAACUUCGGAUUCGUUUCUGAUCCUCUGUUGCAUGGCUUCUAACUUCUUGUACUUGAGCUUUUUUUACUUUGUAUUAUGGCUCUUUAUGGAGAACUGAUACCAUCAUCUUUGCUAAAUAAAAUACGCCUCCCUCUCAAUUAAGCCCCCCCAUCUCUAUUAAGCCCCCCCCCCCCUCCUCAAAUGUGUUUGUAAUACAGUCAAACCUCCACUAACAGCUACGUUUCUACAACAGCCACUUUUUUUUGUCGUGGCAGACUGUCCAUACAUUGACUCUUUUUUAAACCUCUCUCCACAAUAAUGGCCUCUAAAGCGUGUUCCCAACUGCCAAAAUAACCUUGACAAUUCCAGUUUUGUCAUUGACUGUUGAAAAAGUCAGGAAUGGUCACGAAAUUUUAUCCGUAAGGCAUGUUGAUGAUUAAUUGCAGCAACGUAUUUUGAUUGUGCUCCAUUUAUACUGCUGCAGUAAGCAUAAAUUGUCUACGAUACUUGUUCAUUUUGUGAUGUUAACAUUUUGAUUCAAAACCCUAUUCAAGUUUUUUUUGUGUGCAUUUUAUCUCUCUGUAUAUUAUUUAUGAUUGGAUUAACAUUAUGGGAUUCAGUAAGCAAGAAAGUAGCACAAUAAACAUGUUGUACCCCCUAAGAAGAAUUUGUCAGAUGACACCCCUACUCCCCCACAAUGGCCACCACUCUACAAUGGCCACUUUCUUCUGCCCCCAAGGUGGCCAUUGUAGAGAGCUUGGACUGAAAUUAAGCCUCCCCCCAUGGGGUAUAAUAGAGGGUUUACGAUAUUUUAUCCCAUGCAAAUUUUUCACUUUAGCAACAAUUCUCUAAAGAUGUCUUAAACUGCACGAACAUCUUUUGAGUCAUGUUAAUAGAUAUUUUCUUGUGUGUUUAGGAAGGAUAACACUUCAAAUGUGUGUGAAGUACAAGAAAAAGAAAGAGGAAGAGGAUGAAGUAGCUGAGCUGGACUGUAGAAACAUUAUCACAACUGGUCAGUAUUUGCCACUGGUUUAUAUAUUUGAUGAAGUAAUCUUUUAAUAGGUUAGGUCAUGGCAUUUUUGGAAUGACUUUGCUUAUUUUGUGAACAAGCAUUUUAAGAAUUAAGUAUCAGUGGAAAAAAACGCCUUUCAGCGGAAAAGUCAUUGCCACUUAAUUAUGGUUACUAAGCUUAUAUAUUAUAAGUGACAUACUUUAUACAAAUUGAGAAAACUUGACAGGCUGUUUUUGAAUUUUAUCUUUAUUAUAUCCGUUUUAAUCUUCAGUUUCACCUCCUUUUUGUGAAUUUCUCUUGUGUUCCUCUGAAGUUUGAGGUAGCUGAUAAUUCUGUGUUUGUUUCUCCAAAGUAGCAUGAUUAUGGCGGCUCAUAAGCUGACUGGCUGUAUUCCUAAAAUUUGUUACCAGAGAAGGAUUUCAAUUGCUAGUUUUUAAUGUAUAUAGCUUUAACUGAUAAGUUCUAAUUCAUCCUGUUGUUGCAUCUUCACUUACAGAUAGCAACGGUCGCCGUCCAACAAGAAGCGCACGUACAGGUUCAGUGAACCAGCCAUCCGCCAGCGCUACCAACAUUAACACAGAAGCCGGCCCAAGUGUAUUCAGUCGUCUUAAGGGAAUAGUGGAUAGUGAUGAAAGUGAAAGUGAUUCCGCAAAUGAAAAGAAAUCAGAAAAACAAACACAACAUGAUUUUGAUGUCAGGGAGGAGGACAUUAAUGAAAAUAAAAAGAAAAGGCGAAGGGUAAACAGCAAUUCAGACGAAGAUGAUGACUAG